AUGGGAACGCGCGGCGGACGCGGGGGGCGGGUCUCGGGCGCGGGGAGGAGCCGGGGAGGCGCGCAGCCCAGCGGCCCCGCCCCCUCCGCGGGCGGACACAGCGCGCGACCCAGUCCGCAGCGACCCCCGCGCUCCGCGCCCACGGAGGCCGCGCUCCUCCGGCACGAGCCCCGGGACCCCGCGCAGACCCGCCCGGACCCCGACGCCGACUCCGGGGGCCUGUUGGACGAGCCGCCCCCGGAAGAGCCCCCCGCGGCCCGCGCGCCCCGGUCGGCGUCGGCCGCGGGCAGGAGGGCUGGUCGGCGCGCCGGUGGGAGGGCGCAGGGGGCCCGAGCGGGGCAGCCCCCCAGGGCCGAGACGCGCGCCGCCCUCCCCCCGGACGAGGGCUGCUGCCUGGACCAUUGCCCGCACCUGUCGGUCUUCGUCUACGCGGCUAUCGCCUUCUCCACCACCUCCUGCUUCUUCAGCUAGGCGCACCUGCCGCCGUCCCGAGGGCCCGGGCGCGGGCGGGGAGACCACGGGCGCGGCCUUUCGUGUCCGGGACGCGCGCCGCACCCCCUCCUCUGGCUUCUCACGCUUGUUACUUUGUCCCCUGCUCGCCGCCGCCUCUGUGUGACCGCGCGUCCGCGGGCGCGUCCAGAGCCGCUGCCCUGAUGAAAGAAGGGUGUUUGCAACUGAGAUGGGGGGGAGGGGACAGUCACACACCCACCCCCUCCCCGGCGUGUAGAGUGUCGGGGUGCGGCCCGGGACCCUACCCUUCAGCGGGUGGGAGCGCGCGCGGGGAGCCCAGCCCGACAUUCGGUUCUUUAAAGGACCAGCCGGGCCCCGCGGGGAGGCAGGGUGGGCGCCCUGACCCGGCCGGGCCGAGCCCUGUGAUGCUGCAUCGCCCGCCCCCCAGGAGCGCCAGCCGGGCCCCGGAGCUGGGGCUGGACCGGAGCCAGGACACGGUGAGUGUGGCGGCUGUCGGGUGGCCCGCCGCGUGCUGACCCGGACUGUGCGUCUCUCCUGCCUGAGGCUUUGCUGCGGCCGCCGGCCGGGGCCGAGACCGCCAGCAGGAGAGGCUGUCCUGGCAGGAGGCCACGCUGUCGCCCUGUCGUGGACGGCGUGGGCCCCGGGGCCUGCACGGGAUGAGCCUCCGGGGCCCUGGCCUGGGUGCGCGGGAGGGCUCUGUGGGGUUGGGGAGUGCGCGGCGGCUUCAUCCCGACCCCGAGCUCCUCUGGGUCCCAAAGCCAAGGGCGUGGGGUGUCUGUCAUUGGCAAGAAUUCGUGCGCGAAGACGACCGGACUCCUAGCUGGUUUCCAUCCCAGACCCAAAAGGCCUAACCCCAAAACCCACCCGGGCGGGUUAUUCACGCAUCUGCCGUGUCCUUUUAUUCAUGGAUGUUCAGUGGCAUCACCCCUGCGCGGCCUCAUCACCUCCCGUGAAAUAAAUCCCUGUUUCAGCCUC